CCCUCGUCGACGCCGCACCGAGCUGCCCGAGCCGCCAUGGACCUGGUGCAGAAGGAGCACGAGCGGCUCUCCAAGAGGCUCAAGGCCUCGCAGAGCAUUAAGAAUGUUCAGUCCUCGAUCGACUUGCUGCAGUCCGCUCGAGAUGCCAUCGCUGCGGAUCCAACGCAAGCGUCGAUCACCCUCGCCAAACUCCAGAAUCCCGUCAAGACGUCAUUUGACUCGAUCAAUGAUAGCUUGAAGGAAACUCACAGUGGCCUGAAUAAGUACACCAGGUCUCUAGAUAAGCUUUUCAAAGACCGACCCCUCCCCAGCACCGAGCAUGAUGCUCUCUCCUCCCAAGAACAUUUAAUCAACCGCGCCAUUGCGAUGCACCUCCUUCGCGAGGGCCAGUUCUCCGUCGCGGCGACCUUUCUCUCCGAAAUCACCGAGAAGCGAGCGGCAGCGCAUGCACCGGAUGCCAAAGCCACGGACCACGCCAUCAACCUGCUCGAUGUCGACGAAGUCCCAUCCACCGAGAUCCGAAAGCAGUUCGCGGCGAUGUACUACAUCCUCCAGCAAAUGCAGGAGAACUACAACCUAUUACCAGCCAUCGAAUGGUCGAGAGAGAACCGCGAGGCGCUGGAAGCUCGCGGCAGUAACCUGGAAUUCGAAUUGUGUCGGCUGCAGUUUGUCUGGCUGUACCACGGCGCAUCGGACCAGCAGGUGACUGGGACAAGUGGCCGGCAGGCAGCCCUGGAAUACGCCCGGCGGGAGUUCCACUCCUUUGUGCCCCGCUAUCUCCGGGAGAUCCAGCAGCUGAUGGGCGCCAUGGCCUUUUGUUCCAACCUGCAGGGUUCGCCCUAUGGGUCUAUCUUCAACAAUCCGUCCGCGUGGGAGGAUGUCGCCCAUUCGUUUACGCGCGAGUUCUGCUCGCUGCUGGGAUUGUCCGCUGACUCGCCGCUGUAUAUCGCCGCCACCGCCGGCGCAAUUGCGCUGCCGACAUUGUUGAAGCUGCAGACGAUCAUGAAGGCCAAGCGGACGGAAUGGACGACCGAGAAUGAGCUUCCGGUCGAAAUCUCGCUUCCUCCCUCGUACCUUUUCCACUCCAUUUUCGUCUGCCCCGUCUCCAAGGAGCAAGCGACGGACCAGAAUCCGCCGAUGAUGAUGCCGUGCGGGCACGUCAUUGCUGAGGAGUCAUUGAAGCGGCUGAGCAAGGGCAAUAGGUUCAAAUGCCCAUACUGCCCGAACGAGAGCCAUUUUAAGGACGCUCGAAAGGUGUUCUUGUAA